UCAAGUUAUUUCAAACAGCCGACAGCUGUGUGGAUUAAAUGGGAGUUCUGUAAUCUAAAUGUGGUCGGAAUUCUCUCGAAUAGCUCAGCCAUAAGAACCUACAGACGAGUAAGGAACCGAAUUAGUCAGGACAUCGACUAUUGCUGGGAUUUUGAAAACAUUGACCGGUGUUGCAGAACGAUAAGGUAUGGAUCAGGAUAACGAACCCCAGCCACUAUCUGAUGAAAGUUGCUUAAGUUUUGAAAUCACUGCGAUUGAAAAUGGUAGUGAGAACACCGACACUUGCCUUAAUUCAGAAGCAAUUUGCCAAGCGAGGGAAGAAUUAGAAAAAUGGCAGACGGACAUAUUGAAACUAGAAAAGGAAAAUUCUGACCUAAUUUGUAGAAAGUUGGAUGCAGAAGAUGAGAGGAAGCGAGCUACUAAUCAACUUUGCAAGCUGAAUAGUGAAUGGGACAAUUACAAAGAUGAAUUUCUGAAGGAAGUGAAGUCCUGUCAGGAGAUGCUUCGAGAAAAAAAUCAAAAAUAUAUCAAACUAAAAGGUCAAGUAGUUGAACUUGAAAAUGAUCUCCAAAGAAAACAAGAUCUCUGUGACUCUCUUUGCACCAAGUUCAGGGUAAAGUGGCAUUUCUAUCGACAAUGUAACUGCGCUUCCAGGAUUCUAAAAAUUGCCAAACAUCAGAUAGACCUUCAAUCUGAGAAAAUACAAGUGAAAGCUCAAUCAAUCCCAUCGGAUACAAUGCAACAAUUUGAGAUCCAUCUUAACAUCUCAAUGAAGAAGAUCAGUGUUUCUAAGAUUCCAAAUAAUCUUCCAGAACAGAUGAGGGAUAAGUUGGAAAUAAGCUUUUCAAAGUCUAGUCUAGGAGGAGGGGAAGUCGAGAGCAUUGAAUACCCUACCUCUUCUGGAACUGCCAUCAUCACGUUUGUGGAGAAAAGAGUUGCUCAGCGUAUUGCAGAACAGAAGAAAUACCCCCUAAUAAUAAAUGGGAAAACAACUUGUUGGUUGAAAGUUGAACCUGUAAUGGGGAGUUACUUGAAGAAGUUUCAGAUAUUUAAUGGUGUUUCCAAAAGAUCUGUGCUGCUAUCAGACAUUAAGAGCACAAUGGAAGAAGAAGAAAUGCAGGACAAGCUGAAGAUCCAUUUUCAGAAACCAAGCAAGCACGGUGGUGAAGUGGAGGAUAUAAAAUAUGUUCCAAAAGACAAACAUCUCUUGGUGCACUUUGAAGAGGACUCUGCUGAAAAGUAAUAUCCCGGCUUUAAGCACAUAUAACGUUUCUUUCAUUGCAGAUUAUUUUUGCUAUUUAUGUAGUAAGGCAUUUUCUUUAGAUCCCAUUAAUUGCCUUUAUAAGACUUCUCUUUCUGGUUUACUUUUCUUGAGACGUAAACAUGUAUUUUAUCUAUAAUUUCCAUAAGACGUUUAUCUUGUUAAAUAUAUAUGCACGAGUGUGUUGUAUUUCAAUAGAUAACUAACACUCUGGAAUAUGAUAUAAUCUGCUACACAGAUAAAAACAUUUAUACUCGUGUUCUUUAACAUUAACCAAGCUAGUCGAUUCACAAAAGAAAAUUAUUAAAAUUAAAUAUAUAAUGGAAUAACCUUUAAGGCAUCUAUCUACCUUAGUUGGACUUGCCUUUGUAUAUUUAGAUAUCUUAGACUUUUGUAUGGAAAUUUACAGAAAUUAUGAGCAGAUUAUGAGGAAACCAAUCUUUCACACUCAACGGACAGGGCAUUCAACUAAUUUCUAUCUUGAGUUAUUCAGCUAGUGAAUUAUAAAAUUAUGAGCGCAAGAUCUGACCACUAAAUCAUUGUGCCUGUUUUCCUUUGGCCUAUUAUGCUUAUGGCAACCAUAAAGUCCUAAGGAAUAGUAGAAUUAGGUCAUUCAGCACAUCAAGUCUACCAUUCAAUCAUGGCUGAUCGAUUAUUCCCUCCUAAUCCCCAUAACCUCUGACACCUGUACUAAUCAAGAACCUAUCUUUGCCGUGAAAAUAUUCACUGACGGCCUCCACAGCCUCCUGUGGCAAAGAAUUCCGCAGAUUCACCACCCUCUGUGUGAAGAAAUUUCUCCUCCUCUCCUUCCUAAAAGAAUGCCCUUUAAUCCCGAAGAGUAAACAAGGUACCUUUCCAGACCAGUGUCACUACCGAACAUCGUUCGUCAAAAGACUUAAAAAAUAACAUAGUUCUUCGUAAAAAGAUUAUCCUUGAAAAAAUUACUGUUUUAAAUAAUAAACAAUUAAUAUUCAAAUAAUCAGCCUACCUUUUAUUUAUAUAUCUUGGAAAAUCCUUCAAGAGUCGAAGCCGAUCACUCGGGUCUUGUGGGUUUUGAUGUGACUAAUAAAGCUAGUGGCAGCCUAAUUAAUAUAAUUUGUAAGGUGUUUAAGAAGGAACUGCAGAUGCUGGAAAAUCGAAGGUAGACAAAAAUGCUGGAGAAACUCAGCGGGUGAGGCAGCAUCUAUGGAGCGAAGGAAAUAGGCAAUGUUUCGGGUCGAAACCCUUCUUCAGACCUUUGUAAGGUGCUGUGCUUUAUUAUGCAGAUCUGAAGCAUGGACAAGGUUCUCAAUAUUAUCCCAAACAGUCCUUUCAUAUUUUCUGGAUGUCAUGGUGCAGGGAUUCCCAGGAAUCAGUUGGGAUUACGCAUUCCUUCACCGAAUCUUUGAACACAGGCUUGAAUCUUUUUUUUCUUUGGAGUGACUGUGUAAGGUCUUCAAAUCUGGCAAAUAGUUGCACCAAAAGUGACUGUGCUCAGAACGAAAAGCACCUGAAUCUCGGUGGUCAAGAUGCAGCAU